AUGGCAAUGACACGUUCAAUGCAGGGCGGCGAAGGCUCGUCCGAAGAAGAUUCACUGUUAGGUACAACCACACCUCGCAUGCGGCGGUCACGAUGGCGAACGAAGCUGCACCUCCCUCGUUUUUCUUGGGAUGCGCAUCCUUUUUGGUUAGAGUUAAUCCCUGUUGUGCUGAUUAUGUCCAUGUCGCGAGGAGUGACCAUGUCACCUCGUAUACAAGUCUAUAAAGCCAUAGCUUGUAGGGCGUUGAGCAAAGACUCUCCAGGAGCCACGUCGCCUCUCGCGUCGUUCUUGGACGGCUGUGGUGAUGCUGAGGUGCAGGCUCGGGCCGCUAAAAUACAAGCAGCCGUCGUAACGACUAUGAGCGUUCUCAGCGCGAUAUCCACUGGGUUUUGGAGUAGGCUUGGAGAUACCCAUGGACGCAAACUUAUCCUAUCAACUUUUCUACUUGGAGCUCUGAUCAUGGAGGGCGUUUUCGUUUUGGUGAUGAGGCCUAACUCGUUUUUCGGGCGUCAUGCGGAAACCCUUAUCCUCGUGGGUCCCGUGGUGGAAGGUUUUGUAGGCGGUCUUUCCACCUUCAACGGUGUCGUUCAUGCUUAUAUCUCAGAUUGCACACGACAUGGGUCUCGGUCUAAAAUAUUUUCUACCGUUCAAGGAAUGGUUUUCGUUGGGCUUGCUAUCGGACCUUGGCUCGGAGGUCUAUUCUUCCCACCUAAAGGCUAUAACGAUGGAUUCUUCUUCGGAAGUAUUGGCCUUAUUACCUUCACCCUGCUUUAUGUGAUUUUCAUCUGUCCUGAGUCACGACAAUCCACUGCCCAAGCGCCUGCAUCUCAGGCACAAUCCGAUGUGUCCUUCAAGUCAUCCCCUAUACUGGUUGUCGGACGUCUAUUCCGCGACUUUAUUUCCGCACUGCUAUUGCCUAUCUCCAUGUUCACACCACGUCGAGUUCCGGGUUCAUCCAGAUACAACUACAAUAUGACGCUCGUUGGGUUGACCUUGUUCUUAUAUAUUGUAUCCACAGGUGUCUAUUCAGCUAAAUAUUUAUACGCACAACACGUCUACUCUUGGACUACUGCCGAGCUCGGCUACUAUAUGUCGACACUCUGGAUAUCCAGAGCCAUCAAUUUAUUAUUGUUCCUUCCUAUUGUCCUAUCGUAUUUCAAACCAAAAUCGACCAGUAUAUCCCCAAGCACACCCAACGCUCACGAUAUUGCAGCCGAACUGAACUUUGACCGUUAUUUGGCUUCUAUAUCCCUUGCAGUUGAUGGUCUGGCAGACAGUCUUGUUGCGAUUACAAGAGAUGGGUCACAAUCUGUCUUUGUGGCACUUUCAUGCCUAUCAUCCUUUACCUCAGGCGGAAAUCCCGCCUUACACUCUCUAGGAGCGGUCUGUCUUCAUGCAUGUGGAAGAGGAUCAGAGGUUGGCGCUUUGUUCGGAGCAUUAGGCGUACUAGCUGCGAUUGCGCACAUAGUGUCGCCAUAUAUCUACGCUCUGACAUAUGCGUCGAGCGUGGCCAACUUCCCGGAGGCGAUAUUUGUUCUCGCUGCUUGCAUUCUAUAUACAGUGGUCUUCUUCCUCAGCCGGAUAUCAUCGGAUGAGGAAGACAUUGCACUAGUACACACUCCCGUGAUCGGAGAGGAUUAUAGGACACGACCAUCAUCGGAACACUAUUCAUACCACCCGAUUGGCGAAGGGGAACCUGACGAGUCGAGCCCACGGAGCCAUCCACUUCCUCUAUCUAUUUCAAGGAUGUCGAAUCUCAAAGCAUAUUUGGCUGAAAAGUAUAUGUCAGGACCGAAGGCAGAAGCCAUUCUGUCCAAAACGGCGCCACUAAAGAAAAAGAAGCGCAAGGUAAAGGAUGCCGGCGCAGAUACACAAACAGGGACCAGCAUGAUACGUGACGAGGAUGGAGGCUGGGGCGAAAUGGUUAAAGAAGAGGACCCUGAUGAACUGGCCGAUGCAGUUAUCGAGAAGGACCGAGGCUUCAAAAAGCGGAAGGUCGCCAGCGCUGCCGCCGAGUCAAGUUGGAUAACUAUUCAGGAAGGGCUGAAUGAUGCGCAGAUAAAGGAAGAAAGCCCUCCACCUGAUGAGAAGCCUAUGGUUGUCGAUACUCCGUUCGUCGGUGGGCUGGUGAACGCGCAGCAACUCAAAAAGAUGCUCCCGCAGAACAAUGUUACAACGACGGACAAGAUGACAGAAGAGGAAAUUGCACGCGCUCAGGAAACCAUUUAUCGUGAUGCUUCUGGAAAGAAGAUUGACACGAAAGCGGCGAAAGCUGAGGCGGCUAGAUUGAAGCGCCUUAAAGAAGAGAAAGAAGCGCAAAAGAUGGAGUGGGGUAAAGGCUUGGUGCAACGAGAAGAGGCCGAGAAACGGAAAAAGGAGCUAGAAAAGAAUAGGAAUGCGCCGUUUGCGAGACGCGCAGAUGAUAAAGAAUUGAACGAGGAGUUGAAGGCCAAGGAGCUGUGGAACGACCCAGCAGCUGCUUUCUUGACGAAAUCUAAAGCCAAAGGCCCUCGAAAACCAGAAUAUACAGGGCCUCCGCCACCGCCUAACAGGUUUGGCAUUAAGCCUGGAUAUAGAUGGGAUGGUGUUGACCGAGGCAAUGGUUUCGAGAAGAAAUUGUUUGAAAGCAGAAACGCUAAAAAGCGAAAAGGCGCUGAAAGUUAUCAGUGGAGUGUGGACGAUAUGUAA